AGUAAUGAAGUCGGUGACUGUCUGUGUCUCCCUCAAGAUCAAUCAAUGGAUCAAAAUCCGUAUAGGAGAAGAUCGUCUCCGAUCAGAACCACCACCAGCGGUUCAAAGUCCGUCAACUUCUCCGAACUACUUCCAAUGAAGUAUCUCAGCUCCGGUACGAUGAAGCUCACGAGAACCUUCACUACUUGCUUGAUACUCUUCUCUGUACUAGUAGCAUUCUCUGUGAUCUUCAACCACCACCCAUCUGAUUCAAAUCGGAUAAUGGGUUUCGCUGAAGCAAGAGUUCUCGACGGCGGAGCUUUCUCCAAUGUUACUAAAAUCGAUUCAAACGAUUUUGAUAAGCUUCUUGGAGGACUACUAGCUUCUGGUUUUGAUGAAGGUUCUUGCCUCAGUAGGUACCAAGCAGCACUUUACCGUAAACCUUCGCCGUACAAACCUUCUCCAUAUCUCGUCUCUAAGCUUAGAAACUAUGAAACGCUUCACAAGAAAUGUGGUCCGGGUACAGAAUCUUACAAGGAAGCUCUUAAGAAACUUGAUCAAGAGCAUAUUGAUGGCAAUGGUGAAUGUAAAUAUGUUGUGUGGGUUUCUUUUAGCGGCUUAGGGAACAGGAUACUUUCUCUAGCCUCGGUUUUUCUCUAUGCGCUUUUGACGGAUAGAGUCUUGCUUGUUGACCGAGGGAAAGACAUGGAUGAUCUCUUUUGUGAGCCGUUUCCCGGUAUGUCGUGGUUAUUGCCUUUAGAUUUCCCUAUGACGGAUCAGUUUGAUGGAUUGAAUCAGAAAUCCUCACGUUGUUAUGGAGAUAUGGUGAAGAAUCAGGCGCUUGAUACCGAGAAAACUUUGUCUUACCUUUAUCUUCAUCUUAUCCAUGAUUAUGGAGAUUAUGAUAAGAUGUUCUUCUGUGAAGGAGACCAAAAAUUAAUGGGGAAAGUCCCUUGGUUGAUUGUCAAAACAGACAAUUACUUUGUUCCAUCUCUAUGGCUAAUACCAGGUUUCGAUGAUGAACUGAACAAGCUCUUCCCGCAGAAAGCGACUGUCUUUCAUCACUUAGGUAGAUAUCUUUUUCACCCAACAAACCAAGUAUGGGGCUUAGUCACUAGGUACUAUGAAGCUUACUUAUCUCAUGCGGAUGAGAAGAUUGGGAUUCAAGUAAGAGUUUUCGAUGUAGGCGCGGGUCCGUUUCAGCACGUGAUGGAUCAGAUUUCAUCUUGUACUCAAAAAGAGAAACUUCUACCUGAAGUAGAUAAACUAGUAGAAAGAUCUCGGCAAGUUAGAAACCCCAAACACAAAGCUGUACUUGUCACAUCUUUGAGCUCAGGAUACUCAGAGAAUCUAAAGAGUAUGUAUUGGGAAUAUCCAACAUCGACUGGAGAAAUCAUCGGUGUUCACCAGCCAAGCCAAGAAGGUUAUCAGCAGACAGAGAAAAAGAUGCAUAAUGGAAAAGCUCUUGCAGAAAUGUACCUUUUGAGUUUGACAGAUAAUCUUGUGACAAGUGCUUGGUCUACAUUUGGAUAUGUUGCUCAAGGUCUUGGAGGUUUAAAGCCUUGGAUACUGUAUAAACCCGAGAACCGUACAGCUCCUGAUCCUGCGUGUGGUCGGGCUAUGUCAAUGGAGCCUUGUUUCCAUGCGCCUCCUUUCUAUGACUGUAAAGCUAAAACGGGUAUCGAUACGGGAAAACUAGUUCCACAUGUGAGACAUUGUGAGGAUAUGAGCUGGGGACUUAAGCUAGUAUGAUUUUGUUUAUUCCCUACUCAGUGUUGAUUAUUAUGUAUCAUGUAACUCUGUUUCUUAAAUUAGCUUUUAUAAAGUCAAAAUUUUGUGCU